AUGAAAGUAACAGGAUCGGGAUCGGAUGAUAUUGGUGUAUUUACAAUCGAUGGAACCUAUUCAACUGAAAUAAAUCGAAUAGAUCUAACAAAAACAUAUCAGCUGGGUACUGGUAAUAGUUUAGAGAAUUUCGGACAUCAAGUAACAAUUCAAUUAACAUGGGACAAAACAAAUUAUCAGUUUGAAGGCAUAUGGAAUAUAGAAACGGAUAGAUAUUGUGAUAAAGGUAGAUUUGAACUUAAAUUUAACACAAAAUUGAUUCAAAUUCAAAGUGACAGUGACGGUACAUUUAAUAUUGAUUCGUCUUAUCCGCAACAAUUAAAUAGUUAUGUAACACGUGAAAAUUAUUUACGUUUACUAUCGAUAAUAAAUCCACUAAUGAAAGAAAUUAAGACAUACAAACGUUAUAAGUUGGCUUGUUUGAUGCCAUGCGUCUUUCUUUUCAUGGUCGUACUAAUAUUUGGAUUUUUCUGGCGAGCUUACGUCAAUGCACCAUCGGUGUUUUACAUAAUAGUGGAAUUGCUUGUGCCAAUUGGUAUCAUACGAACGAUAGUUAACACUAUUGAUUCCAAGACUAUACUUGUAACUGAAAAACUCAAAGCAACUGUAAAAACAUUCUCAGAUGAAACAUUCGCUAGUCCAUUUACAAAUCCUUCAGAAUGGACUAUACAAAUAGAUGAUUUUCUAAAGUGUACAUUAUCUAUAAAACUUCUUCCACCAUCUCAAAAAGACCUUGUAAACACAGAAGCAACAACAAAUUCCUUUAUUCUAUAA